AAAAAUUAUUUGAUUGUAAAAGUACAUUUGCAAGUUCUUAGGGUUUAAAGACUCAAGCUGAGAAAGAAAAAACAAUCUUUAUGAUGCUUUUAAAUUUGAACACGGUAUUGUUUUAUUUAUUUUUAAGUAUGACCUGUUAGUACUCUAAUAAAUACCGUAUUUUAUCAACAACUACCACAUACACACCAACCACAGCACGUUAGAGACCAUUACACUGCCAUUGGACCCCCGGCAAUUUAUCAUGCUUCUUAAGAUCAACAUGGUUGCAUAUGUUUUCAACCUCUCAGUAGGCAGAUGAAUAUUACAAUCCAACGUAAAUCUGAGCGUAGCGUUUUGCAUGGUAAUCGAGAGAGAGUCCAAGGCGACGAAACUGCAUCAGAGAUGCAAGUAAUAAAUAUCGUGUUUAACGCCACGAUUUUGCUGAGUGUUGCUGGUGUUGCAAUUAGUUUAAGCUUACAGUUCGAAAUAGCAAGUGACUAUGGACAGUUUUCGACUCCAAAUUACCCGAAGAACUAUCCGGUGGAUAUGACUUGCCGGUGGACCAUAUCUGUUGUAUCUGGCGCGCGUAUUCUUCUUAACUUCACUGAUUUCAGAGUGGAAAAGAACAAGAAAUGUCUUUACGACUAUCUUGUGAUAAAAGAAUCGAGGAAUGGCUGGGGAAAGUUAUCUUCAAGAUUCUGUGGUCAUGGUACCAUUCAGAUUUACUUGUCCGAAGGAAACAAGGUUCAAGUGAUUUUUGCCUCGGACAAACUUGGAAAGGUUGACAAGGGUUUCACUGCACAGUGGAAAGCAGCUGAUGUUAAAGGAAGGCCACUUGUCAAACCAGAUCCCAAUAGGGAUUUAUAUCAAGGGAAUCAAAAGUACGUCUCGAGGUCUUUUCCAAAAGGCCUCGCGUCUAGCUCUGAGAUGGGUACCAACUGUUCCUGCGAUACAACAGUGCAAGAUAGUUUUACAAGAACUGUUAAUAUGAUCGCAUUACAAAAAAACCAUCUUGCUCAAGGAUCUUUAAGGCCCAUAGACGCUGUAAGAUUGGCUCAGCCUAAUAGCACAAAGGCACCCGAGAAACAUGACAAAUAUGACAGCGAUUCAGCAAAACAUACAGAAGAUCUCGCUUCCAGAAAUCGACGUCUGCUCAUAUUACUUGGCAGUUUUCUUGUCUUGCUGUCAAUAGUCACCAUUAUUAUCAUAGUACUAACUGGUCGCAGACACGUGACUGCAAGCAAAAAGGGUCAUGCUGACCUAAAACCAGGGGAUCUUUGGUCAACCGGGCACUCACCUGCCCGUCAUUCACCUCAAGGUUUUCGUAUAGUUGACGGUGACGUCAUAAUUGUAUCGACUGAUGGCAGAGUGUUGGGUCAGCCUAAAAAGCGGUGCAAUAUUCCUUCGAUUUGUGCUUCUGAAACCUUCAGCAAACCAACUGAUGUUUAUAUGCAACCGUGUCAGGGGAAUAUGCUAGAAGAUGGCGCCUUUAACUUGAUUCAUUCGCGUCAACAUUAUUUGGUCGUACAGUCAGAUGGUUGCAGCAAAGACAACAAUUAUGAUGAUAAUUUGUCAGAUUCAACGGAAGAGUAUUACUAAAGUGCGCCACAUUGUAGCUGUUUGAGUGCCUGGGGAUACCCAGGACCUACAACUUUAUGUAUAAAACCAAAUGCUGCUUGCUGAAAAAAUGUAUUUGGCCAUUCAGAGACACAAGUGUGAAGUGUGGUGAUGACUAGGUAUUCGACGGUGCAUUGUCAUAUGUUGCUCCAGACAGGCAGAUAGUUCAACAAGGUACUGUAACUGAAGUAAAUGCUAAGACAAAAGAGUGAUAUAGCCAAAUUUGAUUAUUAAGGAUCCGAAUGGUACAUUAAUUUAUUACAGAUUUCUGAUUAAGUAAAGUAUUGAAAAUUUAUGCUUCACGAGUAUUGUAUAAGGAUGCCAAACUCAUAAAAGACACGCCUUAUAAUUUGCACCCUUCUAUGCUGGAACUGGCUUGAAAAAAAUUGCUUGCUAAAGAUUGCUUGCUAGAUGUUGCUUGCUAAGUGUUAUUUGCUAAACGUUGCUUACUAAAUGUUGCUUGCUAAAUGUUGCUUGCUAAAUGUUGCUUGCUAAAUGUUUCUUCAAUUAUAAUUCGCACCCUUCUCUACUGAAACUUGCCUGCUGAAUUUUGCUUGCUUAAUGUUGCUUGCUAAAUGUUGCUUGCUUAAUGUUGCUUGCUAAAUGUUGCUUGCUAAAUGUUAUUUGUUAAAUGUUGCUUCCUAAAGCAAGACUGAUUGAUGUUGAAAAAUGCGAACCGUUGCUAUUUUCCUUCUUUAAGAGCAUGCUCAACUUGAAAGUAACACUGAAAGUAAGUUCCUUUAUAUUUUUAUAUAAUCAAUACAAGCAGCAGUCUAAGACUAGUUUUUUAUCGUGAAAAGUUUUUUAAGCAGGGCCAUGGCUUCCCCGGUGACCCGGUGACAGGAAUGUUGGGGGUUUGUUUGGAAAGCUACAGCCUUAAUUUUUCCUUGACCCCUUAUAUUCUAACAUAGGUAGGAUCCUCUGCAAAGAUGAUACAAGUUUACUCAAAUGCUUUUCUCCCAAUUUGACACAUCAAAAACUUU